GUAGCAACCGGGCAUUCUCUUCCCCACGCACUACAACAGCCAAUGACCAGCAACUUAUUUCUUAAACAAGCUACCCGGUCCAACUAGUUUGGAGCUAUCUCCAAGCGAGACAUCGGUAUAUUCCCCGUUCAUAUACGCAAGGGAUCACUGCCAAGUUACCCCGGUUAACCCCUCGUUCCCCAAUCUCUUCUCUCCACGGGGAUUGCCCCGUGCUAAUUCGUACCCUAGGCCAGUCCAUCAGGACUAUAAAACAAUACCCUUGGUACCAAUCUACCUGUCUCCCUAGUUGAGCAAGUUAUACGCAAGCUUUAAUCAUGGAUCGCGAUCAAGAGAAGGCGGAAUUCGAAGUCGGGCAGUUUGAAGGGGAGAAGACCCAGUCUUCAAAUGUCGUCGACGAUGUCGGUGAGCAGGAGGGGAAGAAGAUUAUAUGGCGAAUCGACCGCCGACUUGUCACCUUAGUCGGUGUCUUAUACUGCAUCAGUCUUAUGGACCGAACCAAUUUGUCUGCGGCCGCCGUUGCUGGAAUGAACGAGGAGUUGAACCUUGUUGGCGAACGAUAUUCAAUUGUUACCCUCGUCUUCUUCGUCACAUACAUUUUAUUCCAGCCGCCCUCUACCAUCCUGAUCCGUAAGGUUGGCCCACGCAUCUUCCUGUCCACCAUUACGUUGGCAUGGGGUGCCGUUAUGAUCGGAUUCGGAUUCAGUCCGUCAUUCGAAGUCCUCCUGGCCCUUCGACUAGUCCUUGGUGCCUUCGAGGCUGGUUAUUUCCCCGGCUGCGUAUACUUACUGUCGACAUGGUACACUCGAUAUGAGAUGGGCAGAAGAUACUCGGUCUUCUACCUUCUUGGCUGCGUUGCUUCGGCCUGCUCGGGAAUUCUCGCAUUCGGCUUGAUGCAACUCGACGGUGUCGCAGGCCUUAGUGGUUGGCGAUGGAUCUUUAUCAUUGAAGGUGUCAUUACCUGCCUCCUAGCCUCUCUUGGCUACUGGCUCCUGGUCGACUUCCCUGAUUCCAAGCGCAAAUCUUGGCGGUUCUUGAGCGAUAGAGAACGUUCGUGGAUUGUUCGACGCGUUGAUGCCGACCGUGGUGAUGUCGAAGCCCCCAAGUUUAAGAUCAGUCUAUUUUUAAAGGGCGGUUUAGAUUUGAGAGUCUGGGGAUACGGCCUAAUCGCCUUUUGUACCAACACUUUGACCUAUUCGUUAGCCUACUUCUUACCCCUUAUUCUAAACACGAAUUUGGGAUUUGAUCGCGGUAUUUCGCUUACCCUCAUCGCACCCCCUUAUGCGUUUUCGGGCAUCUACAUGUACAUCAUGGGCUGGCUUGGAGAUCGUUACCACUUGCGUGGCCCUAUUUUGGUCGCCAACAUGGUUGUCGCACUUAUCGGCCUACCUAUCCUUGGAUGGCACCCCAACAACGGUGUUAGAUACUUCGGAUCGUUCCUUGUGACUGCCGGAGCAACAGCAAAUGUCCCGGCAUCGCUAGCGUACCAGGCCAACAACAUCCGCGGACAAUGGAAGCGAGCCUUCGCAAGUGCGUCUUGGGUCAGCUUUGCUAGUAUUGGUGGCAUUGCUGGCAGUCUGGUCUUUAGAUCUCAAGAUGCUGCUACUGGAUACCGACCUGGCUUAUAUGCGUGCAUAGCAUGCUGUCUAUUAGCAAUCGUUAUCGUAGUCCUGUUAGACAUAUCCUAUUAUUUCGACAACAAGAAAGCCGACCGAGGAGAGAAGCAUCUUGAAACAACCGACGAGGGAUCUCAGCCCGACUUCCGUUACACCUAUUAGAAGCGAGAAGGAUUAGGAAUAUACUCAAGUACCUAACUUUCCGUGUCGCCUCACCUGAGCAGGUAGUGUCAAGGUGUAGUAGUGUGGUUCGGCUAGGAAGAGAGUGGUCGAAAUUAUAUGAUUACGAUGCGGGAAAUGUUUAGCCCCUGGCGCCUUAGGUACCUAGGUUAGGUUGUUCUAUAGGUGAGGCAAGAGAAAUGGCACCUUGAUAGAACCAUAGUUACUAGGUAUAUUACAAGGCAGCCUUGGCAUAAUAUUCUCAUGAUCCGGUCGUGUGUUAACAUUCUAGAGGUUCGGUAAUAAUAGUUGUAAUUUCAACAUUCCAGGUUUUAGUAGGAAGAUUGCUAG